AUGGCUGAGCCUGUGGACAUGAUGGUCAUGGCGUGCAAGGACCCAUCUUGCGAUUUCAAGCCGAUGAAGAUGCAAAGGCGCCCGGUUGGAGACGAAGAUGUGCUCAUCGACAUGGUGUACUGCGGAGUUUGCCACACGGACCUGCACUUUGCAGCAAAUCACAUGGCAGGCAUUCUGCCCACAGUGUACCCUUGCGUCCCUGGACACGAGCUGGUAGGCGUGUGCACCGCAGUCGGCUCGAAGGUAACCAAGGUCAAAGUUGGUGAUCACGUGGGUGUUGGUUGCAUGGUGGACUCUUGCAUGAAAUGCAGUGGAUGCAAGCAGGGCAACGAGAACCUGUGCCGCAAGCAAAACACAGCUACCUACCAGGGGAAGGACCUCCAUGGACGCGCUGCCACUUAUCCAGCGGGCGGCGUUACCAUGGGCGGCUACUGCACCAAGAUGGUGGUGCAUGAGCACUUCGCGAUACUUAUCCCGAAGAACUAUCCAAUGGCAAGCGCUGGGCCAGUUAUGUGCGCAGGCGUGACGAUGUACGAGCCAUUGCGCCUUUGGAAGGCUGGCCCAUCCAGCAAGGUGGCAAUCGUGGGCUUGGGAGGUCUGGGCAUGACAGGCAUCAAAAUCGCCAAGGCCAUGGGCUGUAACGUGACAGCCAUUUCUCGUGGGGACAAGAAGAAGCCGCUGGCAGAGAAGAGCGGCGCUGAUGGCUUCCUGUCCUCUACAUCUCCAGAACAGAUGGCAGCAGCGGCGGGCACCUUUGACCUCGUACUGGACACCAUCCCGACCGAGCAUGAUUACACUAUGUACCAGAAGCUGGCUGCUGCUGGUGGCAAGUGUGUCCUCAUUGGCAUCUCUAAUGCUUUUGGCGGUGCGCUGAUGAUGGAUGGGCUUUCUGGUGGCAGGUGCACCAUGUCAGCUUCGAUGAUCGGCGGCAUCCAAUCUACGCAGGAAGUCGUCGACCUGUGCGCUAAGCACAACAUUGUGCUAGAUCACAAGAUUUGCCCCGUCUGGGAGCUAAGCAAGAUCUACGAAGAGCUGGACUCAAGCAACGAUCAGGGCCUCCGUUAUGUGCUGGACCUCAAGAACACACUCAAUGACGUCAGCCGCCCAGACGGCUGA